GAACUUCAUAGAUAUCUUCUUGUGCAGUUUUACGGAUGGAGCAAGAUGUUGAGAAGUUUAUCCGUGAUCCUAUUCAGCAGCAGCUAGAGUUUCAGCAGUUGCCCACUUCUUAUUUACGCUUGGCUGCACACCGUGUGGCUCAGCAUUAUUCACUUCAGUCAAUGGUUUUAUUAGAUAAUAAUUUACCUGAUGGCUCUGGUUCCAGAAUUAUUGUCCGUAAAACUUCUGAGUGUCGACUCCCUCAGAUUCGCCUUGCAGACAUACCUGUUAGUUUACCAUCAGAAGACGGUGGUGUUACUAAGGUUGCAAUAAAACAGAGGCCACAGAAACGGUCACAGACUGCCAACAAUGCAAAUUCAAAUUCGGCAAAAGCAAACAGUUCCAAAACUGUUGAAGAACGGAAAGAAGAGUAUAACAGGGCUCGCGCACGAAUAUUUAAUUCGAGUAUUAAUAUGAGUGGCAGUUCAAGUGGGAAAUCAGAAAGUGAACCAAGACUGCAGGAUACUCCACAACACGUUCCCUUGGUGAUGCCAAAGGUGGAAGAUAAGUCAAGUGUUUCUGAUUUACAUUCUGGUAGGGGUUUAAUUGAGUCCUCAACAAGUAGCAGUAGAACAGCUAGAAGUAGGCCAGAGAAGGAGCCAGUUGGGCGGUACAAACCAAAUAAUAGGGUAGCUAUAUUUAGGGAUCGUGAGAUUGAUCGGAAGGACCCUGAUUAUGACCGGAGCUAUGACAGGUAUGGUAUACAUUGUCUGUAUUUGCUUUUUUCGCCUCCCAGUUUUUUCUUUGGAAGGGGUCAUGGCAGGAACAUUGUUUUUAUUUUUCCUUGGGAAGGAGAUAAUUUCUGUUUAAUCUAAGAAAAUUGUUUGGAGUCAAGAUCUUGUCUCAUAAUUGUUUUUGCAGUCGGGUGGCCCCAUUCAGUUUUCUAUUUACUUAAGCUAAUGUCUUUCUCUUUGUUUGACAUGGUUUUCUCCUUGUUUU